ACGAACACAUUGGUUCCGGUUCCUACCGUUAGCAUUUAGCGCCCGGGUUCUUCUUCCGGACACGUUAUUGUUGCAUCAGCAUCCAGCCAUCCAGCACUGUGGCCAUGUCGACCCCAGGAGAGCCAGCCUUUGAGUAUGGCUUCUUGCUACAGAUAAAUGAGGAGGCCGCGCUGGCAGCGGCCCUGAAUGACUACCUAACGCCCCGCAGCUACCUGGCCGGGUUCAGCCCCUCCCAGGCCGACCAGAAAGCCUUUAAGCUCCUCCACAGGCCCCCAGACCCGCAGCAUGUCCACGCUCUGCGCUGGUACAGACACAUAGCAGCCCUGCAGCCGGACCUCCUCCACCCUGACAGCAGCAUGAAAGGAAAGCGGGUGCAGCCCCCUUGGUCUCCACCUGCAGGAACAGAGGUUCCCCGACUUCGACUCUACAACAGCCUGACGAGAGCAAAGGAGCCGUUCGUUCCCCAGAGAGGGAACAAAGUAACGUGGUACUGCUGCGGACCGACGGUGUACGAUGCCUCGCACAUGGGACACGCCAGGUCCUACAUAUCUUUUGAUAUUCUGCGAAGGAUACUGAAGGACUACUUCAAGUACGAUGUCCUCUACUGCAUGAACAUCACAGACAUAGACGACAAAAUCAUUAAAAGGGCCCGGCAGAACCACCUCCUAGACCAGUACAAGGAGAAGCAACCACAAGCUGCUCAAAUCCUGCAGGACGUCCUCAGCGCCAGAGUGCCCUUUCAGGCCAACUUGGCUGGGACGACAGACCCAGAUAAGAAGCAGAUGCUGGAGAGGCUGGACGCUGCUGUUACAGCCGCUCUGCAGCCCCUGCAGGCAGCGAUGGAGGGCAAAGCAGCAGACCAGGUCGUACAACCUCUGGCACAGGUGCUGUUGGAGAACUCCAAGGACCUGCUGGCUGAUUGGUUGGAUACGCAGUUCGGAAGUCAAGUCACGGAAAAUUCAAUCUUCUCCAUUCUCCCCAAUUAUUGGGAGGGAGAGUACCACAAAGACAUGGACGCCCUGAACGUUCUUCCCCCAGACGUCCUCACUCGAGUCAGUGAAUACGUGCCUGAGAUCGUGGAGUUUGUGAAGAAGGUUGUGUCCAAUGGUUACGGGUACGAAUCGAACGCUUCUGUGUACUUCGACACCUCGAAGUUUGAUGCCAGCCCGCAGCACUCGUACGCCAAACUGGUGCCAGAGGCGGUCGGAGAUCAGAAAGCUUUACAAGAGGGAGAAGGGGACCUGAGCAUCUCAGCUGACAGAUUAGGGGAGAAGAGGUCUCCCAACGACUUUGCCUUGUGGAAAGCCUCUAAGCCCGGAGAGCCUUCAUGGGACUCCCCGUGGGGGAAGGGAAGGCCGGGCUGGCAUAUCGAAUGUUCUGCCAUGGCUGGCUCUAUCUUGGGAGAGUCCAUGGACAUCCACGGCGGGGGGUUUGAUCUUCGAUUCCCCCAUCACGACAACGAGUUGGCUCAGUCUGAGGCUUUCUUUGAGAACGACCACUGGGUCAGAUACUUCCUGCACACCGGACACCUGACGAUCGCAGGCUGCAAGAUGUCCAAGUCUCUGAAGAAUUUCAUCACCAUUAAAGAUGCCCUGGCAAAGAACACAGCUCGUCAGCUCCGUCUGGCUUUCCUGAUGCAUUCCUGGAAAGACACGCUGGACUACUCGUCCAACACCAUGGAGUCGGCUGUCCAGUACGAGAAGUUCUUGAACGAGUUCUUCCUGAAUGUGAAAGACAUACUGCGCGCUCCGACUGAUGUCACCGGGCGCUUUGAGAAGUGGGAGGCAGCAGAGGUGGAGCUCAACAACAGUUUCUACGACAGGAAGUCUGCCGUCCACGACGCUCUGUGUGACAACGUGGAUACUCGCACCGCCAUGGAGGAGAUGAGAACGCUGGUCGGCCUUAGCAACAGCUACAUCGCCGGCAGGAAGAGCGCCAAGCUGCGGCCCAACCGCAUGCUGACGCAGAGCAUCGCCGUCUACCUCACCAGCAUGCUGAAGAUUUUCGGAGCGAUUGAAGGAUCGGAGCCCAUCGGCUUCCCAGUGGGAGGACAAAGUCAGAGCGUUGAUCUGGAGAGCACAGUGAUGCCGUACCUCGCGGUGUUGUCAGACUUCAGAGAGGGAGUCCGGAGAAUAGCCCGAGAGCAGAAAGUGACGGAGCUGCUGCACAUGUGCGACGUUGUCCGUGACGACACGUUACCGGAGCUCGGAGUGCGACUGGAAGAUCACGAAGGCCUGCCCACGGUGGUGAAACUGGUGGACAAGGAGACAUUACUGAAGGAGCGAGAGGAGAAGAAGCAGAUGGAGGAGGAGAAGAAAAGGAAGAAGGAAGAAGCUGCCAGGAAGAAACAAGAACAAGAGAUGGCUAAACUGGCCAAGAUGAAGGUCCCUCCGUGCGACAUGUUUCGCUCAGAAACCGACAAAUAUUCCAAAUUCGAUGAACUGGGUUUCCCCACUCAUGACGCCGAAGGGAAGGAGCUGAGCAAAGGACAAGCCAAGAAGCUGCGAAAGCUCUACGAGGCCCAGGAGAAAUUACACAAUGACUACCUUCAGAUGAACCAAAAUGGCAACUGAUUUUUUUUUUGUUUUCAAGCUUUUCCAAGCCAUCCAGUCUCCAGAAAACAUGCAGAAUAAAUGUUUAGGCCAGAGGCGCUGGGUCGUUGUUUGUCUCCUCUUUACCCGUUUGGGAUCAGAAAACAACAUGCAAAGAAAACUGCAAGUGAUGUUUUGUUUUUUUCUUUUCUUACUGAAUGACACUUCGGUCAAAAUGAGAAGGAAAAGAAAUCAAGAACCAGGAGAGAUUUCCUCCUUUUUUUCAGUUUUUUUAACAAGGCAAUAACUGAAAUGAGGUUUCAUGACGUGACAGUGUAGACGAGUGCUAACUCUAACGCAGACUCGGAUACACUGCCUGUCAGUUAAAGGAUUACAUAGCUUUUCUACUGUAGUGAUGAUUUAACUUUGGGUUUUAAAGCUAUAGUGGGUAGUUUCUGUCGCCCCCGUGAGGAAUUCUAAGUAAUGACAGCUAAAUUGUUGGCUCGUCCACAUGAAAGAAGCCACUUAUGCAGUUGCUGGUAGCCAAGGAGGACACAGAGGAUUUAAAAAAUGGACUCUUCAGAAGAGGUUAUUAUCUUCACUUGAGUUUCAGCGUGGGAAAGUCGCCGGACGCCACAAUUUUCUGAACACAGUCCUACAGAGAGAGUUGUGUGGCACUAAAAGUCUUAAUUAUCUUUGUAGCAACUCGUUUAGCAACAGCUUGAAUGGAACGGACAUUCAUUAAUAUCAAAACGUUAUGCACUAAAGCUUUAAAAUACAACACAAGUUAAAUACCUGCAGGAUAUUGGGAUACAGCCAACAGCUGGUCACUGCAGUUUUUAUCGAAACAUUACUCAAACAGAAAGAGUGAAAUUGUUAGGGACUAUUUUCAGCGGCGGAUUCAUUCCACAUUACAUGAGAUGGAGCUCUAUGCCACAGAGGAAUAAGAUAUAUCAGACACUUCUUGUUCAUAGGUUGUUGUUGUUUUUUAUGGGAUUUUAUGGCAAUGAGAAAAAUAUAGAAGAUCACCGGACUUUUAAAUAUGUGCACCUGUUUUCUCAUCAUCCUGGGAAAACAUAUCUUCUUCAUCCCUCUGUUGUGGCUUGAGUGAAACCACAUGAAAAGGAGCUUUUUAUUAUUCAACCGUCCAUUAGGAUCAUGUCUUUUUGUACUGUUGUUAUGUGUAUUACAAUGAAAUGGUUAAGUGAAGGCGAAGCUGCAGUAAUUCUUUCAGAUGGGAAUAUGCUUAAAUAUAGCGGCAGUAAGCA